AUGUCUGAGGAAAUGAUGGCCCUUGAGAAAAAUGACACUUGGAAACUGGUUGAUCUCCCUAGGGGAAGAGUUCCAGUUGGAUGUAGGUGGGUCUAUACAAUCAAGUAUCGAUCAGAUGGUGCUAUUGAGAGGCAAAUACCAGAGGCUAGUGGGAAAGCUAAUAUAUCUAUCUCUAACUCUCCUGAUAUCACUUAUGCAAUGGUAGUAGUGAGUCAAUUUAUGCAUGCUCCCAAAAGUGGGCACUUGGAGGUUGUGUACCGCAUCCUCAAAUACUUGAAGUUCUCUCCAGGAAAAGGACUCUUAUAUGCCCAGAACAAUCACUUGAGGAUAGAGGGUUAUUCUGAUGCUGAUUGGGCUAAAUCAAUCUCUGAUGGACGAUCUACUUCCUGCUAUUGCACAUUUGUGGGUGGUAAUUUAGUUACAUGGAGGAGCAAGAAAUAG